CUGUUUGUUAACAUUCCUCAUCCUCUUUAAUGCCUGUUCAUCUGUUGCAGAUAUGCAGCUUGUUGUCCCUCCUGACCCUGUAGUUACCUCUACUGGUCAUGACGUCAUCCUUCCCUGUCACCUGUCUCCUCAAACCAGUGCUGUUAACAUGGAAAUCAGGUGGUUUAAGGAAGGAGAAUUCGCUAACCCCCUGUACCUGUAUUUGGGUGGAAAGGUAACAGAGGGGAAAGGCUAUGAGGGUAGAGUGAGUGUGUUCACUCAGGAGUUGGAGAGUGGCAAUAUAUCAUUGCUGCUGAAUAAUGUCAUGGCUUCUGAAAGGGGAAGCUACAAAUGCCAAGCCAGCUACUUGGACUGGAUUCAGGAACUGCCUGUUGUUCUACAGGUUAAACAGCAGGGCAGUGUCCCCAGGAUCUCCAUGAGGAAGCACCACAAAGUGUUCAUCCAGCUCAGCUGCAGUUCAGAGAACUGGUACCCAGAGCCUGACAUGUUGUGGACAGACAGCAGUGGGAAGGAGAUCACCUCAGCAGAGACAGAGAGGCCCAAACAGAAGGAGGGGGGUGUCCUAUACUCCAUCACCAGUCACAUGAGAAUAGGGAAUGACCAACUGGAGGGGGUCACAUGUGUGGUGAUGUCACAGUACCAGGGAACCAAGAUGGAGUCUAAACUGCAGAUGACUGAGGAAUUCUACAUGAGCAGUCUGCCUGACAGGGUGUACAUCUCUGCAUUUAUGAUUCCUGUGUUUCUGGGACUGCUGUGUAUCACUGCAUCUGUGCUCUCCUUAUUCCAUCAGAGACGAGUUGUUCGAGAAAACCUGAAGCCUUUGGGUAAGAACAGAUACUGA